AUGGGGACCUCCCCGAUGGCGGAAAUAAUAAGAGGAUCGGAUUUGCUGCAAAAUGAGCAGUUGAGGAGGAGGUUAAGGGCCCACAUUGAAGCGGACUGCCUGGUUGGAAUGCCAACCGAAACGGUUUACGGAUUAGGAGGGAACUCACUGAGCGAGAGGUCGCUAAGGAACAUUUUUCAGAUGAAGAAUAGGCCCGUAAGUGACCCCAUCAUCUCUCAUGUGUACGACGUAAGGCAAGCGUUUGACCAGCUGUACCAUGUAAACCCGUUUGAGAUGUUCGUAAUAUAUUCUUUAGGCAAAUCCUUUUGGCCGGGCCCUUUGUCAAUCAUUGCCAAGGCGAAAAAGGAGGUGCCUUUAAUCCUCACGGCGCACACUGGGUUUUGCGCGGUGAGAAUGCCGAGGAACAACAUCGCCUUGGAAAUUAUAAAAGUGAGUCAAGUGCCAAUCGCAGCUCCGUCCGCCAACAAGUUUCAACACAUCAGUCCCACCACGGCUGCACACGUCUACAAAGAAUUUGAAAGUGAAAAUGUCCUCAUCUUUGACGAUGGGCAGUGUGACAUAGGCAUUGAGUCCACCGUUUUGAAGCUCCUCAAGUUUAGGAAGGUUGGGGGAGCACAGUCAAACGAGCUCAGAGGAGGGGGACAAAUUUUGGAGGAGAUCCCACAGAAGGAGCUGCCUCAAAUGGAAGAAGUCACCACCGAUGAUGAAUACGAAAGGGAAUGCAACGACGAUAUGACGUUUUUGCGAAAAGUGACGGGAACGACUGCGUUAGAGACGGACGUGGAGGUCUACGAUAAAUUGAAAGGCCUGUUUGAGGCCAUUGCGCGUGGGGAAGGCGUAACCGACGAGGUGCCAGGCAUGGGAGGUAAAUUGCCCAGGACGAGCGAACCCUCCCUCCUGUUGGGAAAGAUCCUCAAGUAUAAAAACCUGUACGACUAUCGCAUCAGAAUUUAUCGGAGGGGAAAGUACACGAAGGAGCAGAUCGAGGAGGCAUUGAGAUCAUCCCCCCUGCUCAGGGACAUACAGGUCGACUUGUACGAAAAGAUAAAGUUUGAAAAGGUGGCCAUUUUGUGCAGUGGGGGAGAAGGUGGUGCCCAGUUGGAAGGCACUCCAUCGGAAGUCGCACCAAAGGGGGGACCAAGCGGGGCACCAAACGGGGCACUGAACGGGGCACUAAACAAUCGCCUUCCCAGCCGCUUAAAUGGCAACCCUGCGGAGGAGGCCGCCCAAAAUGAGGUGAGCCCGGGCCUGCUGCUCACGCACUACAGCCCGGUGGUGUCGACGUACCUGCUGGACGGCGCUCCCGAUGGAGAAGACCAAAAUGGGUCAGCGAGUAAACAACCAAUUGCGAGCAUCCGCUUGGCGAAGUACGUCCUUCUAGACAUCGGCAACUCUUUUGAACGUCACCAGGGGGACUUCCUAAAAUACAUGAACAUCUCAUACGGAGGAGUGGAGACCAAAGAAGAACAGACAAAGCUGGUGAUGAGGAACUUCUUCCUUUUUUUGAGACAAGCGGAAGAGCUAGCCAUAGAACACCAGGCCGAGGGGAUCCUAAUUUCGAUCGUAAAUUUGAAGUGCGUCGAUGAGGGCAGCCUCUCCAUCUUUGACCGGGUUUUCAGGGCAGCUUCGGGCAGAGUGCUGCGAGUGGGCGUGCCGCCGGCGGGGCCGCUCCGCCUGCUGUAG